AUGGGCUCAGACACGACUCCGGUUCCGCCGGCACUGCGGAAAAGGGUCUUGAAGGUGCUGUUCAUCUCGCUGCUGCUAGACUUGAUAUCCUUUACAUUCAUCCUCCCGCUAUUCCCCAAACUCAUCGAAUUCUACCGUAACCAUGAAACCGGAAAUCCGAACACGAUCCUCUCCAAGAUUCUCGCCGGCCUCAAUGCAUACAAGAACUCGUUCGCGAAACCCAUCAACUCCCGCUACGACAUAGUCUUGCUCGGAGGCGCACUCGGAUCGCUUUUCUCGCUGUGUCAGGCAGUCGCAUCCCCCUUUAUCGGAACACUUUCAGACAAAUAUGGCAGGCGCACAGCUCUUCUGUGGUCUAUGGUGGGCAACAUCUUCAGCGUUGCGCUCUGGGUUGCAGCGACCGACUUCCGCACCUUCCUUGCCAGUCGUGUGGUGGGAGGGCUGAGCGAGGGCAACGUGCAGCUUGCAAUGGCCAUUGCGACCGACAUCAGCGACGACAGUCAGAGAGGCUCGACAAUGGCGCUUGUGGGCGUAUGCUUUAGCAUCGCCUUCACCUUCGGGCCGGCGCUGGGCGCAUACCUGUCCACCCUACAGGUCAUGGACAAGAACCCAUUUGCUAUGGCAGCUGGCUUCUCUCUGUUCUUGAUCGUCUCGGAGACCAUCUACCUCUACAUUAGCCUCCCAGAGACGCUACCAUCAGCGAGCAAGGCUGAGAACGGCACCACGAACGGGCAUGCCAAAGGCAACGAAGCACCGAAACCUCGCGGCCGAACGAACUCGCACUUUCUACUCAACGCUACGCACUUUACCUUCAUCCUGUUCUUCAGCGGCAUGGAGUUCUCGCUACCCUUCAUGACAUACGACCUCUUCUCCUACCAGGCCAAGGACUCUGGCCGGUUGCUCGGAUUCAUCGGGCUAGUCGCCUCUCUACUCCAAGGAUCCGUAGUGCGGCGGAUGCACCCUCUCAAGGUGGUUCAAAUGGGAGUACUAAGCUGCACUAUUGCCUUCAUCAUGCUCGGCAGAGUCCAGACGCAGGGCGCACUUUACGGAGCCGCUGCGCUUCUUGCGGUAACAAGCGCGACGGUCGUGACCGGCCUCAACAGUCUCUCGUCAUUCGAAGCGAACGCUGAUGAGCGAGGCAACAAGCUGGGGAACCAUCGGAGCUUCGGUCAAAUCGGACGUUCCCUCGGACCCCUCAUCUUCUGCACCCUCUACUGGUGGGCGGGCCGCGAAACGGCAUAUGCGACCGGAGCUGCCGGCAUGGUCGGGGUCGGCGCAUUGGUGUUUGGAGGCCUCAAGGUGCCACCGGGCACGGAGAACAUUGGCAAGAAGGAGAAGAAGGCAGUCACCCCCGCACUCACUACGCUGCCUCUCUCACACCCACGUCCAACAUCUACGAAAAAGAGGAAUCCGGGUCCGGGAUCAGUCAAGAUGGAUGCAACAGCGGCUGCUGCAUCUGUAGCAGCUAUUUCCGGGCUAGCAGCAUACGUCAACGCGAAGUACCACAUUGCACAAGACCUGAGGGGACUGAGAUUCAAGAAGAACGCAGCUAGCUACUAUGAGCAACUCGAGAAAUCUAAGAGGCUAUCCCCUUGGUACGCUUUCGCGUCUCACGUUCCACUUUACAGCAACAACCAGGCCAUCUGGUCGCGGGAGAAAACGUACACAUGGCAACAAGUCCACGACCGCGCCGUCCAAUGGGGACACUUCUUUCUCUCACAGGGUGUAAAACCGGGAGAUAUGGUCGCUACUUACAUGAUGAACAGCGCAGACUUUAUGGUCAUCUGGCUUGGUCUGUUUUCUAUCGGUUGCGCGCCUGCUCACCUGAACUAUAACCUCAAAGGAGAAGGACUGGUGCAUUGUCUCAAAGUCGCGGAUGUGAAAGUUGUGCUUGUUGACGAGGAAGAGGGAUGUCAGGAACGAUUCGAAGGUGUGAGGACGACAGUGGAAGAGAUGGGUGUCACAGCUUUUAGAGUCGAUCAAGACCUGAUCAACAAGGUCCAGCAGCACAGCACUCAAGUACCCGGUGAUGAGUACAGAGAGAAUGUUGUUGGUUCUGAUCCGACAUGUCUCUUGUACACAUCAGGAACGACAGGUCUACCAAAAGGAGGAAAGUUCAUGGUAAACCGUUUCCACGAACGAGGAAAUCCGCAAACCCUUGCCUUUGACCAGAAAGCCGGGCCAGAUGGAGACCGAUGGUAUUGCUGCAUGCCGCUUUUCCAUGGCACAGGUGGUCUAUCUGCGCUGUCAGCGCUUUCAGGUGGAGUGAGCGUGGCGAUAGGACGGAAGUUUUCCGUCAGUACAUUCUGGGACGAUAUCCAUGACUCUCAGUCUACGCUUUUCGUUUAUGUUGGCGAAGCUGCGCGAUAUCUGCUGAUGGCGCCACCACAUCCACGGGAGAGGGACCACCGGCUACGCGCCAUGUACGGUAACGGCAUGCGACCGGAUGUCUGGAACAGGUUCAAAGAGCGCUUCAACGUCCCUGAGGUAAUAGAAUUCUUCAACUCGACAGAAGGCGUUCUGGGUAUGGUGGUUCAUAGCAAAGGACCCUUCACCGCAACGACAGUAGCACAGCACGGUGCUAUCAUCAGACGACUUCUUCACGACGUAUACAUACCUGUUCCUAUCGAUCCGGAAACUGGAGAGCUACUCCGAGACCCCAAGACCGGGUUCGUGAAGAGAAAUUCGUAUAACGAGGGUGGCGAGAUUUUGGUCGCAGUACCAAGUGAGGAAGCAUUCGCUGGAUACCAUAACAACCCAAAGGCCACGGCAAAGAAGUUCGAGAGGAACGUGUUCAAGAAGGGCGAUCUGUUCUACCGAUCUGGUGAUGCGCUCAGACGGGAUGACGAUGGACGCUGGUUCUUCCUUGACCGCUUAGGCGACACCUUCCGAUGGAAGAGCGAGAACGUGUCUACAGCUGAGGUGGCUGAGGUCCUCGGUCAAUACCCCGGUGUGGGUGAGGCCAUCGUAUACGGUACACUUGUCCCUGGUCAUGAUGGUCGCGCUGGCUGCGUCGCUCUCCGGCUUGCUGAUGGGGUCAGCCCCGACACCUUCGAUUGGAAAGCGCUAUUGGAGUACUCGAGGAGUAAGCUGCCGAGAUAUGCAGUACCGGUCUUCUUGCGCUUGGUCAAGGAAGCGAGUAAUACGGAUAACCAAAAGCAGAAUAAGGCACCGCUGCGGGCGGAGGGCAUGGAGAUUGAUAAGUUCGGCACUAAGGUUGUGGGUGGCAGUGGCGAUGUGGUUAUGUGGAUGAAGCCCGGUGCGGAUCGGUAUGUGAGGUUUACUAUGGGUGAUUUGGAGGCGUUGAGGAGUGGGAAGACUUUGCUGUAG